CUUUGGUACGAUCCAGUGGUUUAGGAGUAGAUUCAAGAAAAUGCUCAGUUUAGUCGAGCAUAGUUCACUAUUUGUCGUGUGUUUCAGGUUUUGACAUUCACAGUUUGGGUGAGCUUUGUUACAGUUGUCAUGGGAGUGCACGGACUAUGGAGGCUGCUGGAGAGCACAGGGAAACCCAUCAACCCUGAAACACUGGAGGGAAAGAUCCUUGCUGUUGACAUCAGCAUAUGGCUGAACCAGGCUGUGAAGGGGGUGAGAGACCGUGAUGGCAACAGUGUCCAAAACGCCCAUCUCCUCACUCUCUUCCACCGCAUCUGUAAGCUGCUCUUCUUCCGCAUCCGGCCAGUCUUUGUGUUUGACGGCGACGCACCUCUGCUGAAGAAGCAGACUCUGGCUCUGAGGAGGCAGCGGAAGGAGGAGUUGACCCGAGAGUCCAAACAGACCAAUGAGAAACUCCUCAAGACAUUCCUGAAGAGACAAGCUAUCAAAGCUGCACUUGGAGACCGCAGUCAGGAUCCUCUGCCCAGCCUCUCCAGCGUGACGAGAAAUGAGGUGGACGACGUGUAUGUUCUGCCAGCCCUGCCGCCUGCAGAGGAGAAGGACGAAAGCAGAUCAGAUGCCUGGGAAAGCUCAGAAGAGGAGCACGACAAAAAGUCGGAGGAGAUGGACAGUUAUAACAUCUAUCAGGGAGAACUGUAUGAAGAUCCCAACUCAGUGGACAUCAACUCAGAGGAGUUUGCCAGCCUGCCUCCUGAAAUGAAACACGAGAUACUCAAAGACAUGAAAGAGUUUUCGAAACGUCGCCGGACCAUGUACCAGAAACCUCCAGAGCUUUCGGGAGACUUUUCCCAGUACCAGUUGGCCGGCCUGCUGCAUAGGAACCAUCUGAACCAGCGUCUGGAGAGUGUGCAGAAAGAGAUGAGCCAGCGGAGUGCCGGCGGCGCCCCGCAGCUCUGCCAACAGGACGGGGACCAGCAGGAGCGCAGCGUAGAGUCACAUCGACUGGUUUCAGAAGACCAUUCCCACUAUAUCCUCAUUAAAAGCUCCACAAAGACUAAGACUGCCCCCGAGAGCGAACCUGCAGCUGCACCCUGGUCUGGGAGCUCCCUGUCAGGCUGCAAAAGACGAGCAGUGGACAGACCGCAGCCCCUGUGGCGUCCUGUUUGUGAGGAAGAGGAGGAGGUGCUGCGCCCCUCCUCAGAGGACUCCAAACCCUCAGCAUCAAAACCAUCUCAGGGAGACGCAUCACCGCCCUCCCCUCGUACACUCGAGGCAAUCCAGUCUGCAAUGAACGACAGCUCGGAUGAGGAGAAGGUGGACCAGGAUGAGAAGCAUGGUAGAGUGUCUCCACGUACACUGCUGGCAAUACAGCAAGUUCUGGCUGAGGAGGAAGACGGUGCAGCUGGACGGAGGACUCCAAUCAAUGGCUCAUCCACCAAACUGCAGGUGAAUAUUCAUCGCCCUGCACCACAAGUGGUCAUCAGCAGCUCAGAGGAAGAGACCGGACCUAAUGAUGCAAAGUCUUUACCUAAUGAUAAAAAGUCAGACUUUAAGGAGAACUCAACCAGCCAAAGUGUACAUGUGGAAGAUAGUUUGCUUGUUAGUAGUUCUGAAGAUGAGAUGGAGGAAGUGAUUGGUCAGAGAAAUAAAGCUCUUCACCUCGCAGUGCAGCAACAACCUCGCGCGAGAGAGAUUCAGUCAGAAGAGGAGACAGAGAAAAGAGCGUUGGCAGAGGAUAUAAGGACAGGAAGUAGAACGCAGACAGAGAAACAAGAAGAGCUGGAGAGAAGAGAAACGGCACACGGACGGAUCACAAAGAAAGGGGAUCUGGUUCAUCCGCAGAGUUCUGCUGCUUCCAGUCAAAACGCACCUCUCAGUGCUGAGACUGAAAUUCACCCUGUAGUGUUAGAGCAGAGGAGGAACAAGUCCACCGAAGCUCUAGACGAAAGGAAUGGAGAUGAUGUGAAGUCAAAGGGCGGUGAGGAGAGCGAGUCAGGAGAGAGCUUCAUCGAAGUCUCAGAAGAAGAAUUUAAAGAGGAGGAUGCAGAUGAUUCACUUGUUAUAAGAAGAGGGAAAGGAUCUCCAGCUGAGGUCCAAGGGGAUGGGACAGAGGAAAGUUUGGCCGAGGCUCCAGCUGCUGAUCUGAAAUCAGAAGAAGAAGAAGAAGACGACGCCACAGAGGGACAGAACCAAGAGAAAGAGCUGAAGGAGGCGACAGAGACGGAGUCUGGCUCAACUCCGGCUGUCAAUGAAUGGGAACACCUGGAUAUGGAUGAGCUGGAGGCUCUGGAGAGCUCUCUACAGGUGGAGCAGAGCAACCUGAGGGAGCAGAAACAGCAGCAGGAGAGGAUGGCGAACACAGUCACCGGACAGAUGUACCUGGAGAGCCAGGAGCUGCUGCGUCUGUUUGGCGUGCCGUUCCUGGUGGCGCCGACGGAGGCCGAGUCUCAGUGUGCAGCUCUCGACCGCACCGACCAGACUCAUGGGACCAUCACAGACGACUCGGAUGUGUGGCUGUUCGGAGGGCGACAUGUGUAUAAAAAUUUCUUCAGCCAGAACAAAUAUGUCGAACACUACCAGUACAGUGACCUGCAGAACCAGCUGGGUCUGGACAGGACUAAACUGAUAAAUCUGGCUUACCUGCUUGGAAGUGACUACACAGAGGGUGUGCCAGGGGUCGGAUAUGUGACUGGCAUGGAGAUUCUGAAUGAGUUCCCAGGGCCAGGGUUGGAGCCACUAACACAGUUUAGCAAAUGGUGGUCAGAGGCUCAGGAGAAAAAGCGUCUGGUGGGUGAUCCUCGGGACACGAAGGUGAAGAAAAAACUGAGGGACCUAAAACUGCAGCCUGGUUUCCCCAACCCUGUGGUGGCUCAGGCUUACCUGGAACCGGCUGUGGACCAGUCAGACAGCUCCUUCUGCUGGGGACGCCCACAACUCGACAUGAUCAAAGAGUUCUGUCUGAGUCGUUUCGGCUGGAGCAGUCGGAAGACAGAGGAGACUCUUCAGCCUGUGAUCAAGCAGCUCAACGCCCAGCAGACUCAGCUGCGGAUCGACUCAUUCUUCCGCAUGGAGCAACAGGAAAAGCAGGCGAUCCGCAGCCAGCGACUCCGCCGAGCAGUCACCUGCCUGAAGAGAAAGGAGAGAGAGGGAGGGGAGGAGGACAGUGAGGAGGAAAAGCCUUCCCCAGUCAAACCCAAGAGAGGGAAGGCGGCAAACAAGAAUGCAAAGAAAGGAGAAGGAGAGAAAGAGGAGGAGAAUCAUCCUGUGGCAGGAGGAGGGUUUCUGGGGUCGGAGGUGAUUGGUGAAUCUCCGCUUACACCUCUCAAGGAUGUGAGCAGCACCAGCCAGGAGUCCCUCUCAGUGAAGGUUGUCCCUCAGUCUACUAAGAGUCUACCUCAAAGGGUCGGGGGCAGCAGCAGCUCCGGCGAGGACAGCGAUGGUGGCUGUGAAGUCGCUAUGGUUACAGCCCGAUCUGUCUUUGAAGGCAGCCGACGAGGCCACAGAGGGAAAAGCACAAGAGGGAGAGGAAAGGGAAGAGGGAAGAAAUAGUGAAAAAAAAGUCUUUGCAAUUGUUAUUAAAUAUUAAUCGCAGAACAUGUCACACACUCCUGAAUAAUGUCGGUCAUAUUAUGUUUGACAUUUAUAAUGGAAAUUUGAAAAUGCAUCAUGUCAUUAACAAGUAUGAAUUAAGCUUUGUCUGUGUUACAGAAUAUGUAUUUUGUAAACUAUUUAUUAGUGGUAAAUUUGU